UUCUGUACAGUACUACCACAUUUAUUCUAGAGAAAGAGAGAGAAAGAGAGAGAAGAGUAUUUCAGAAGCUCACUGCUUCGCUCUGAUUUUGAGGCAUGCAUUAGCGAGAGAGAGAGAGAGAGAGAGUAGUGAGUUAUGACCUAUGAGGAGUACUAGUAACUGCAACAAGUUUCACAAACACAUACUCCAUUCAUCAUCUCUCUCUGGUGUUCUUCAUAUUGAGAAAGAGACACAAAAGAAAGAAUCCCAGGUUCUUUUGUGUUUGAGAUAAUGCUGAGAAAGAGGAGCAGGUCACAGCAGAAGGAUCAGAACCAAAUGGAUUCAAAUUCUGAUCACUAUUCUCCUCAGUUCCUUGCUUUGGGGCAAAACAAAACUCAACCAAACCAUUCAAUUUUCAACAAUGUCCCAUGUCUCUUUGUUGGUUUUGGUCCUAAAGGUCUUUUAGAUGCUGAUUCAGUUAGAAGCCCUACUUCUCCAUUAGAUUCUAGAGUUCUUUCAAAUCUUGGGAACCAUGUUGUUAAUAUUAGGACCCCAAAAUCAUCAUGUAAUCAAAGGAGUUGGGAUUGUUGCAAAGUAGGACUAAGCCUUAUAGAUUCAUUGGAAGAUUGUCCCAAGUUCAAUGGGAAAAUUCUAAGGUGUUCUGAGAGCAAGAACAUUAGUGUUACUCCCAAGGCCUCAAAUUGUGAAAAGGCCUAUUUGGAUUACAAUUUUGAUUCAACAUCAUCAAAGUCAUUGCCUAAAGAUUUUUGUAAGGCUCCUCCUCCUUUCACAACCCGAAAAAUUGGAUCUAUUCUCCAAAAGGGUGGUAGUGAGUCUAGUGUUCUAUUUGAGAUUGGAGAUGGUGGUUUAGACCAUGAGAUUUUUGGGAAAACAAGGUCAUGUUCAUUGGAUUCUUGUAGUCCGUUGAAGACCCUUUAUUCUGAUUUGGUUAAUUCGUCGAAUACCGAUCCAAACAAGGACGAUUUUGCUUUGAAAGAUGUGGUUGUGAUGAACACAACCACCCAAUUGAGCUCCCCUCCUCAUUUUAUUGGAGGGAGCAAGAACUACUCUAAAAACACACUUUCCAUGUGCUCUUGUUCCAAUGAAUUCAUAAAGUCUUUAUCAGCUAAUGAGAUUGAAAACUCUGAGGACUACACAUGUGUGAUUUCGCGAGGCCCGAAUCCCAAAACAACUCACAUUUUUUGUGAUUGCAUCUUGGAGACUCAUCAUGACAACAACGAUGAGUUCAAGAAUCAUCUUAAAAUUGAAGAGAUGGAAAAGGAGAAGGGAGUAGUAUCCCUGCUACAAACUCCAAUCCAUUAUCCCUCUAGUGAGUUCUUAAGUUUCUGCCACCAUUGCAACAAGAAGCUUGAAGAGGGUAAAGAUAUUUACAUGUAUAGGGGUGAAAGAGCAUUUUGCAGUCUAACGUGCCGCGCCUUGGAGAUCAUGAAUGACGAGGAGUUAGAGGAAGAAUCAGAUAAUACUCCUUCUUCUAAGAACCCUCCAAAUCAAGAACAUGGUGAGAAACUUUUUGAGACUGGAAUCAUCACAUCUAAUAGAUAGAACUAUACUCGAGUCUAGUUCAUAUUCCUAAACUCCCCACAGUUCCUCUGAAUUGAACAAUGAGAAGGCGUGGACGCACCAUGAUCAUCUGUUACACUAUGAGCUGUUUUAUGUGCAUCUAUCAGCAGCCAUGGAUGGUCAUUUUGUACAUCGUCGCGUUUGCAUGCAUCCGCCAUUGUUGGUGUCUGAUCAAUUUUCAAGCUUUGAUAGGGUCUUUGGUGGAUUCUGCUUCACGUUUAAGCUUUGGAGAUUGGUUUCUUUCUUUUAUAUAUGAAGCAGAGUUUGUAUCUUAUGAAAAACUGAUUAGUAGCAUGCUGAAAUUAAACUAUUGAAGGGUUGAAGCACAUUUUUCCGGCUUCCCUUAUCUUUUUGAUGUUUGGUUAUUGUAUCAGAAACUCUAUGUUAUUAUCUAUAACUUAUAAAGAGGA